AUGCAAGAACCAGUGAAGAGCGAACGAACCAUGUCCGAGCACAAGCAGUCGACCAUCCCCGAGGAAUCCUCAGCUUCAAACCAACAAGUAGAAAUCCUGUCCGACUUCAAGAUACUCGAGACUGUUCAAUGGAUCAACCGACACGCUUUCACUAUCGUCGGCUUACAGUUCCCAGACGAGCUAUUGCCUUUAUCUGUCCCCAUCUUCAGAUUACUCAGAUCGAAAUUGGUUUCGGAUGAGAUCGAGUUGUAUAUCAUGGCUGACACGACCUACGGAAGCUGCUGUGUUGACCAUGUUGCCGCCCAGCAUGUUCACGCCCAGGCGGUGGUACAUUAUGGACAGGCUUGUUUGAGCAUAACCCCUUCAUUACCGGUGUUUUACGUCCUUCCGAUAUUGCCAAUUUCCGAUGAGAUGGUCGAGCAUGCUGCCCAAAGGCUGGUCGAUUCUUUAUAUGCUAUGGAUCCAGCAUUCGACGUAUCAAAUCAUACGAACCAGAUACUGUUAAUGUAUGACGUGGGAUAUCAUUGGAAGAGCGAAAGCAUUUCAAACUACCUCAAUACUAAAUUCAACCUACCAAUCGUCAGACAUGAGCUUGGUCUGAUAGAAGGAAGAAACCUCCCAAUACCUCCGGACGUAUCACCCAGCGCAGUACCCUCAACCAAUCAAUGUAGUGAGCAAACGUGCAGUCAAUCUUCUUGCCAAGACUCAAAACCUUGCUCUGAUCAGCCCAUCGCUUGUGCAACAUCAAGACCAACGACACCAACAACAAACGCUUCAAUUGGUAAAGCAUCUGGUUUAUCCGUUUUACCUCCGAUCACUAGAGAGCAAAAGAACGACUACUCUCGUUACCAAGCGGUGUUUUAUAUCGGGAAUGAAUCUUCCAGAUUGACGCAUUUCCUAGUCACGCAUCCUGAUCUGCCAGUGAUAGCCAUCGAUCCCAAUCAGAGUAAAGAUGACACAAAUAAUCACUCCCGCUUACAACAAACCAACCGGACCAAGAAGCUGUUAAUGAGACGGUAUGCCACGAUCCAAAAAGCCCGUGAUGCGGACGUCUUUGGGAUCUUGGUCGGGACACUUGGAGUUCGACACUAUUUGGAAAUGAUCAAUCGGACCAAGAAAUUAAUCGAGCACAGUUUCAAAAAGAAAGCUUAUAUCAUUUCGGUGGGCAAGCUGAAGCCAGAGAAACUUAUGAAUUUUGCCGAGAUCGAAGCCUGGGUCUUGAUCGACUGCCCUGAAAGCUCGCUGCUAACCCUUGAUGGCAAAACCGGCGAACGAUUCGAUCCCAAGCAAUUCGGUGCACCGAUCGUCACGCCAUGGGAGCUGGAAAUCGCUCUCAACAGUUGUAUUGAAUCGACCAGCGAGGAUGAGCCGAACAACCAGAAACGAGCGUGGGAUGGGAAACUCGUUCUUGAUUUCGAAAAUAUUCUUUCCAUCUGGCAGGCUGAGGAUACGCUUCAUUCCUCAGCACCCCCUGAAGCACAUGUCAAUCAAAGUGGUGACAUCGAUCAAGAAGUAGAGCCGGUUUUUUCAAUGGUCACUGGUGGUUAUAAAUACCGAAAGAAUUGGAAUGAUGAUCACGAAUCAGCAUGCAAAUCAAAAGAAAUCGAAAGAUCGGAGAUUAGUGACAAGCACGAAUUGAUACAAUCUGUCAAGGGAGCUGCGAGUCAAUACGCUCUGAAUCAUCGGACUUACUUUGGCUUGGAACCUCGGUUUGGGCUCGACCCUCCGUCGAAAGUCACGCCUGGAAGAUUUGGUAUCCCACAGGCCUAUCAGGACGACCAUCCCAACUCAACAUCUUGA